UACGAAUGAUCUCCAGCGUCUAUGAAAAUAAUUAAAAGCUGCAGCGGGAGGGACUCAAAGAAUAAGCAAGAAGGAAGGGAAAGGCGCCUUGACUCCAUUAAAACCGAGCUCUCGGAACUCCCAUCCGGCCGCUGUGCUCCGUGCUUCCCAAGGCUACCGCUUUUUCCUUUUUUUUUUUUUAAUGUUUUGCUUCCCAGAGGAAACGCCACACGAGAGAGAGAGAGAGUGUGUGUGUGUGUGUGUGUCAGUCGGAAACUUUCAAAGUUUGAAGAGAUUGGAGUGACCGAGGAGGAUGUUUCUCGCCACCCAAGCGAUUUCCUUGAGGCUAGAGCACUGUCAGCAUCAGCAGGAUUAGCAGAUCUUUUUCCCUUAUCAUCGCAAUCUCUUGUCCCGGCCCGUUGUCAUCUCACGGUCGACGAACUGCGUGGUGCUGGAACCGAGAUUUUAUAGCCGCUGGUAACUGCGAAGCGGAAGUGGAGAUCCUCGGGGAUUUCUCGUGGAUAUUUUUUUCUUAUCCCUCGUAGAUUUUUCAUAUUUUUCGUAUUUUUUAGAUAGUUGAGUUUUCGGUUCAAAGAAUCAGUCGGCUCGUAGCCUCAUUCUAUCCUUUUUAUCUAUAGAGAGAAAAAAAAAGUAGAAGGAAGAGAGGGAGCUCUGGAAGUAGUCGAUCAAAGUACUUCUCGAGCAUUUUUAACGCAGUAAGCAGAGUCGUAUUGAUGUGAAUCAGCAUUAGAAGAGAAAAAGGCGACAUCUUUCUUGAGGAUGGAGCGAUCUUUCUGAGUUGAUGCGCUUCCACCACAAAAAAGAACAAAAAAAACGUAGGGGAAAGGUGGGGGUUGGGGAAGAAGCGAGAAAACGGAGGGUUCACAUCAAGAACAUUAAAAGAUCGAGAAAGUCCCUCGUCUCCAAAGCCAAAAAGCCUUCCUUUAAAGCAGAGCGAGGCAGGAAGGAAAGGGGUGCAAUAAAAUGUCUCUUAAGGAAGCCAACCGAGGACGCUUUAGAACCAAGACAGGGUAGGCGUUUCCACGCUGUUGCUAUCCACUGAACGCCUCCCUUUUCAAUCCGAAGCUUGCGUUUUGAGAGACCGGCAUACUCUAAUGCCGAAGGUCUCGAACAAGUGGCCGAGGCCGAGCCAGUCCUCGCUCCAGAGGCGGGUGCUGCGUCAUCCGGGACGGAUAUGGGUGCUCCUGAUUCUCGGAUCCCUUACGUUAAAUCUGGUCAUGAUAGCCCUACUCGCCUCGCUAUAUGAGGGCGAGGGAACUCCGGGUUGCAAGGCAGAGAGGAGCAUCCUUGUAGCGGAGGAGAAGAAGUCGGUCGUGGCGGCGCCGCAGCAGCAGUCAACAGCGGAGGAGCUGGUGUCGGCGGAGGAGAUUAGCGUGAGCUCCACAUCCGGAAAGCGCCCUGCCUCGAAGGAUGCCAUCAUUAAUCUCGACCAUGGGGAUCCAACCAUGUUCGAGUCCUUCUGGAAGGAGAUGGGAGAGCACGGGGACAUCAUCAUCCCUGGGUGGCAGGCCAUGAGCUACUUCUCCGAUGUUACCAACUUGUGCUGGUUCUUGGAGCCCGAGUUUGCCAGUGAAGUACGGCGCCUCCAUAACCUCGUCGGCAAUGCUGUAGCUGAUGGCCACUUUAUCAUCGUUGGGACUGGUUCCACUCAACUCUUUCAGGCUGCUCUAUAUGCUUUAUCUCCCCCAGAUGCACCCGAGCCAAUGAGCGUCGUUUCUGCAGUUCCAUACUAUUCGUCAUAUCCAGCAGUCACGGAUUAUCUCCAGUCAGGGCUAUACCGGUGGGCUGGGGAUGCAUCCAUGUUCGAUGGUGAUGCUUACAUAGAGUUGGUUUGCUCCCCGAAUAAUCCUGAUGGCUCCAUUAGGGAAGCAGUCCUGAAGUCUAGGAACGGAAAGACAAUCCAUGACCUAGCUUACUACUGGCCUCAGUACACUCCAAUCACUGAUGCGGCAGACCAUGAUAUUAUGCUGUUUACUGUGUCAAAGAGCACUGGUCAUGCUGGGACUCGACUCGGGUGGGCUCUAGUAAAAGACAAGAAUGUUGCGAAGAGGAUGAUCAAGUUUAUAGAGCUAAAUACCAUUGGGGUGUCAAAGGACUCACAGCUCCGUGCAGCAAAGAUCCUUAAAGCAGUCUCAGAUGGUUAUGAGCUUCCAGUCUCUCAGAACAACCACAGGUUGUUUGAUUUUGGUCGACAGCUUCUGUCGAUCAGGUGGCAGAAGUUGGAAGAAGCAGUGAAGGCGUCUGACAUCUUUAGUCUACCUGAUUUCCCAUUGGCCCUCUGCAAGUUCACUGGGGAGAAGACUGGAACCUACCCUGCUUUUGCGUGGCUCAAAUGUGAAAAGGAGGAAGUCGAAGACUGUGAAGACUUCUUAAGGAAGCACAACAUACUUACUCGAAGCGGCAGGCAUUUCGGUGUGGAACCAAAGUACGUGCGGAUAAGCAUGUUGGAUCGCGAUGAGACGUUCCACCUCUUCAUCGAACGACUUUCAAUGCUCCAUCAUUGAGUGUCCUUGUCUAUCCCACUGCAGUUUUUGAUAGUGGAUUUGAAAGGGAGGUCGAACAUUUGGCUAGUGAUGUUUUCAGCGUGGUCGCAGGUGAACCAACCACUUAAGGUAACCUCAAGCACAUAGCUUCUUAGUCGAAUCGGUUCAUCCUCUCACAAGGAAUGGAUUGUAAAUUGAAUUUGUAGAUAAGAUUCGAUGAUCUUCUUAUCUGUCGUUUGAUAUAUAUGACCAUUGACAAUUAUCAGAUCGAGUCACGUUUGGCUCCAUCUGCCACA